AUGGAUUACUUCCAUAUGAUUCAUGCUGAACAGUCACAGAUAUUGAAAUACCUUGCAGUAUUUAUGAUCACAAUUGCAGUAUCAGGACAAGAUGUACAGUAUGCAUCCCCUGUUUUGGAUGGAGGAAAUUUUGAGAAGAUUACAAAUGUCAAUACGACCUUCUCUGUCAACUGCCAAGGAGAGUUUCAGCUUGGAUGGACCUACCCUGAUAACAAAAGAAACCUUCUCAAGGAUUUCGACCUGAAAGAUCGAGUGACAAUAACGAAUCAAAAUGUUACAACGACAAACAGUUUUCAGUUUUCUAGUGAACUGAGAGUGAGGAGCAGUAAGGUGACAGAUACGGGACAAUACACAUGUAGAUAUAUCAAUGCUCCAAGUGGUGUGAAAACUCAUGCAAAAAGUGUCUAUGUUUUUGUAUCAGAUUCUGAGAAACUGUUUCUCCCUUAUACAAUGCAGCCAUUUUUUGUGGCUGCUCUUCAAUACAAACGUGCCAUCGUCCCAUGUCGGGUUUCUCAUCCUGGCACCUUAGUCUCGCUUUGGAAAGGAAACAUUGGCGCAACCAAUGCAGAGGAACUCAACCUAACUGCAACAGAUGAUAUCAGAUAUGACGCACAUACUGGCUACACAUUGCUCUACCCGAACUUUUACUUCACCGGUGCCUUUUUCUGCAAGGCAUCUAUGGGAAAUGUCACCGACACUUUUUCAGCUAUAAUAUUUUUUCAGCCUGGAACUGGUGGCCUACCCCAGCCUGAUAUUUCACCAGAUAUUGACAUUGAGGAUGGUGUGGCAGUUGGACAAGACUUCAAGUUAACUUGUAGAGUUAGGGUUGACAAAGGGGUUCUCGUCCACAUGGAAUGGUCAUAUAGGGCCAAAUCUGAGUCUGAUCCCAGAAUUGUUGAGAUCCCACCAAAGAUGAUCAACAAAAGCGCAGAACAUUAUGACUACAGUGAGAUCAUUGGAGAAUUACAUGUAUACAGAAGCCAGUUGUCAGACACAGGCAUUUACCGGUGUAGUGUUACCAAACAUGAUGGCAAGCGGAAUCAUCACGAGGUUGAUAUUUAUAUUAGAGAGACACAAAAGCUCAGUCUUUCACCCCCUACUCAAAAUGUGGAAGGAGAUGUUGGCAUGGAACUAUUGAGACUCGAGGUCAACUUGGUUGCAUUUCCUCGGCCAACCAUCAAAUGGUACAAAGAUGAUGUAAGGCUGUAUAAAAGUGCUCGCUUCAUAAUGGGGCAAAGCUCAGCUGACAGGAAAGCAUAUUUAACUAUCAAAGAGGUAGAACAGAGAGACACUGGGAGUUAUAUGGUUGUAGGAAAAACACAAAAUUUGACCGCUUCUGCAGUUGUUGAACUUCAAAUAAAUGUACCAGCAAGAAUCAACCACCUGGUCAGUAUGAAAUGUGAACAAGAAGAUCCCUGCUUGCCCUUUUAUAAAGCUGGAGAGAUCUUUGUUUUGGAGUGUGAGUAUGCAGGGUUCCCAACACCAGAUGUCACAUGGCAGUAUCAGUCUUGUUAUGAAGCAGUUGGUUGUUCAACUGAUUGGACAGAUGUAAGGAGUGUGCCAUCUGGAAACAACGAAGAGUUCAUCAACAUUGAAGGUGACCUUACUGGCAUUAUGAAAAGUCAGCUAAGUGUAACAGCCAAAUCGUCUGUAAAUUAUCGCUGCCUUGUUGAAAAUAAACUCGGAAGUGACUGGCAGGAAGACGGGGAUAUCGAAUUUUUGGUCUCAGAUGCUCCUGAGCAUGGUUUCUCUAUGAGCACCACAUCCAAUGCGGUAGAAGGCGAUACAAUCCAUGUCUCCUGCGUGGGUAAUCUGAUUGGUUAUUUUGAUCUGGACUUUGAUACAGAUAGGCCUAAUCUUAAAGAAACCCCAUCACGUGUUUCUAUCAGAGAAUACAGCACUAAAUAUUCACAAGUGUUUAAUGCUACUAUACAAGAUGCAAACGCUGCACAAGACAAUGGCGCUUAUCAUUGUUUGGCAAAGACAAACAGAGAGAAUCUGAAAGAGAGGGAUCCGUUAUACAAUUCAAACCCUGUGACAGACUUCUAUGUUGGAAGGGUAGUCAAUGUGAACUUAGAACCAGUGAAACCACCUUACUUUGAAACAGAUUUAGCAGACAAAAAGAUUCAGAUAGAAAUAGGGGAACAGCAUACAUUUGAAUGUGUGGCAGAGGGCGCUCCCGAUCCAGAGAUCACAUGGUCAAAACAAGGAGAAUCCAUAGAAAAUGUAGAAGGAUUACACAAAGUUUCUCCAAGUGGUGAAAUGUUAACUGUUAUGAAUGCAACCCGCAAUGAUUCCGGAAUCUAUACUUGUGAAGCCACCAAUAGAGGGGGCAAUGCAUCAAGUAGCGCAACGUUAUAUGUGGGAUCUAUUGACCCCCUACCCAUUGCACAAAAUCAUACAGCAGGACUAACAGGGGGGCAGAUCGCAUUGGUUGUACUUAUACCAUGCAUUAUAUUAGUCCUUGUUGUCAUAAUCGCGGCUAUUGCCAUACGUAGAAUGAAAUACAAACGUCAUAAGCAAGACCUCACUGCGCUGUUAUUGGCUGGCCAAGGAGACUACAAUCCAGACAUACCAAUGGAAGAACAGACGGAUAGUAUAGCCUAUGACCCAAGAUGGGAAUUUCCGAAAGAACGUCUCAAUUUUGGUAUGGUGUUAGGUGCAGGAGCAUUUGGAAGAGUUGUCAAGGCAGAUGCAGUCGGUCUGAAUGAUUAUGAGUCAAGCACCCCUGUAGCAGUCAAAAUGGUCAAAGAUUGCACUGAUUAUGACCAAAUGAAAUCACUGAUGUCAGAGCUUAAGAUAAUGAUUCACAUCGGCUCCCACCUUAAUGUAUUGAACCUACUUGGUGCAGUUACCAAGGACAUAGCAAGUGGUGAACUAUACAUAAUGAUGGAGUACUGUCCUCAUGGAAACCUACGCAACUAUUUACUGAAGCAUCGUGCAACAUUCCGUGAUGUCACAGACGAUGAAGAUGUGUUUGAGAUGCCUAAAAAACCAGGAGCAGAUCAGAACCUCUCACCUGCUCAACUUAAAAAAUUAGAGGCAGAAGGUGGCGCCACUGGUGGCCCGAGUGAUGAUCUACAUUAUGUUAACGUGCCUGAAUCACAUAGAGAGCCCCCUGUCACAACCAAAGAUUUGAUUUGUUUCUCAUAUCAAAUUGCACGUGGACUGGAAUAUCUUGCAUCAAGAAAAUUUGUCCAUAGAGAUAUUGCAGCGAGGAACAUACUUGUUGCCGAGGAUCGCGUCAUGAAAAUUGCAGAUUUUGGUCUUGCUAAGGAUGUGUAUAAAUAUGAGGAAUAUGUCAAAAAGGGGGCGGGAGCUCUACCAAUCAAAUGGCUUGCCUUAGAAUCUCUAACACACAAAGUAUUCUCAGUAAAAACAGAUGUGUGGGCGUAUGGAAUAUUGUUGUAUGAAACUUUCUCACUAGGGGGCACUCCUUAUCCCGGAGUUGAUCUUGAUGCUACUUUUAUUGAAAAAUUGAAAAAUGGAUACAGAAUGGAGAAACCACAAUUUGCUUCAUUCCAAAUCUACCAAUUGAUGAAGAUGUGCUGGGAGGCAGAACCUGAAGAUAGACCAACCUUCUCAGAAAUAACAGAACGUGUUGGAAAUCUACUUGAAGCCAAUAUUAAACAGCAAUACAUAGAUCUGAACAUCCCAUAUGCUGCAAUACAACUUCCUUCAGAGAAUGGGCCUACCACUCCGACAAGCCCCAGUACGGCACUUCUGAAUGGGGCAAAUAACUACUCACGAAUGAAAGAGGACCCAGUGGAUCAUGGUGAAGACAUAGAACUUGAAAAUAUCAAAGUCGAGGACCCUGAUUCUCAUAAACCACAAGCACCACCAAAUGAAUAUGAGGAUUAUAGAAAAAAGAAAACCAAAUAUAAAACUAAUGAUGGAAAUGAGUUGAAACCAAUGUUGAGGGUUAAUAUGCCCCCUGAGGGGUCCCCGUCCCCUGGACAUCGUCGCAAAAAUCCUUUAUACGCAGAUGUUCUCCCAGAAGAUCAGGCAAUUGAGCUUGAAGAUCCAUCAGAGACAGAUGGUUUAUUAGAGGACAUUCCCCCAACACCUCCUCCCCCACCAAGGGAAGAGUCACUCCCAGAGCCUCUUCCUCCGAAGAGGAUCAUCAAUGAUGGCUACACAGAGCCUAUUUCACGUCAAGACUCUGCUCCAUAUCCAGAUACUGCUCCGGCAAUGCCCCCUCAACGUCGAACAAAUCCACUUUACGUCACAGAUCCAAUUCAAAAUGAGGCUCCAAGCUAUAAUAGGACUACAUCAAAUAAUUCAGAACAUUCACUAGAUGAACCCCCUACUGAGCAAGCACCUCCAAGGCCAACUCCAGCUAGGGAUCUUAACGAACCUGCAUUGUCAGAUGCAUCGUCUGGUUUCCAUGACGAUGGAGCUCUUGAGGCUCCAGGAUUAAGUGUUAAUGUAAAAGAUGUUACUAAGGAUGAAAUUAAUGUAUAGUCAUAUAUCACAUAGUCAUAUAUUGUGCAUAUAGUCAUAAUCAAUUUUUAUAAUGUAGUCAUUACCAUGGAAAUUAGUUAUAUGUAUGAUAUACAGUGAAACAUGUUUCAGUUGAACACCCUUGGUUCCGCUAAAAGUGUUCCAUUUAGGAUGUGUUUCACUUAUAAGGGCUCCACAUUCAAAGGAGUUCUUCUUAUAGAGGAAUUCCUUUGGACAGAUUUUACUGUAUGCCACAUUUUUAGUACAUGACAUACAAUACAAAUUGAAGUAUAUAUUAUGACUGAAGUUUUAAUUUAAAGCAGAUUCAUGCACAUGUUUUAGAUACUGAAUAAGAAACAAAGAUUUUUGCUCACAUACGUUCAGUAAAAUCUUUGUAUUAUGUAAUGAUUUUAAAUUCUGUUUAUUGACAAAAUGAGAUUUUUAUAUCAUAUUAUUACUAUGUAACCAGCCUUAUGAGGAUUUUUAGAAUAUUGUGAUUGCACUGAAUUGUACAAUUCAAAAUGGUGGCAUUUAUGGUUAUUUCCUUCAACCAAAUGUAUUGCUACAAUUUUGCUAACUAACGUUAGUGUUUGAUGUGCUCAUCCUGUGAGUAUUUACACUAAAUUAUGAGAAUUCAAGCGCUGUAUUGUAUUGUAUGAUUACUGUAUUAUAAUAGAUUUGAUGAAAAGUUUAAGAAUCACGAAUUUUCAAAACAUACAUACACUGAAAAUGAUGCUGUCUUACAUAUACUUAUAAUUAUGUACAUUGUAUAUAAAUGUACAUAGGUAACUGGAAGGAUAUUUCAUGUAUUAAUGUAUAAAAUUGUAUACACUUAACGUUUUACACAUCUCAACGUUGAGACCAGACACUGCCUUGAGCCAAACCCUUUAUGAAAGCUGACAUGAAUGGUGUUCUAGUUUUUCUUUCAUGCUUGAAGCUUUCUUGCUUUAAUUGCCUUCAAAGUUGUAAUUCUCAAAAUCAUUUUGGUGAUGUGAUACAAUGAUAAAGGUUAUGACCAAUCAUAUUGCUUUGAUAUAUGUAGAUUAAUCUAUUGAAUUGCUUUUGUAAAUGUAGCUUAGUAAUUGACCAAUCGGAUUGCUGCAUUAGUAUGGUAAUUGACCAAUCAGAUUCCUUAGACAUGACAUGUGUUUUACACUUUGAUAUAUGAAAAUAUUAUAUUUGUAUUAUGCAAGAGAAGUGCCUUUUACAGGAAUUGCAUUAGUAAUACAUAAUUAUAGAAUUGUUUAAUUUAAGGCAGUUGGGAUUAUAUAGUUUAAAGGAAAUACAAGAUUUUACACAUUUAUUUUUAUAAUUUGUAGUGUAGAUUUUUAAAUUCAUUUUUGCUUCUAAUGCUUUUUGUUUGUAGUCCAUUUAAUAAUUAUUUGAUUUUUAAUUGCUGCUCAGUAUUUUCAAUGUUUUAGGAUGAUAGGAUUUUGGUCACUUUUUUCCAUUAUCUUGUUGAAUCCUUGGAGCUAUGGAAACGUCUAUCACAUAAAUGUCCCAUAAAUAACUUUACCCAUUAUUAUUAUUGUUCAAUCUACAAAAAGUGAUGUAUUUAAAUGAGUGUAAUGUAUCUAUAAUUAGUGAUAUCACCAAAAUGAUAUCUGAUUCACCAUAAUGUAAAUCACAUAUAUUUGAAUAAUCAUGACAGAAUCUGGCAAAAUCUGAAAAUGCUCUGGUAUUCAAUAUGAUAUAAAACUGUUGUCAGAAUUAAAAUUUUGAGAUGACAUUUUAUAUGGUCAGAUCUAAAUGACUAUAAUCAGUAAUUAUUUGUUGCCAAUAAAUGUCCAUUGUUUGUACAGGGUGACCCAAAAAACAGAACCUCAGAAUAUGAGUUAUGCUCUUUUGGGUAACUAUGUACUUUAGAUAUUUUUGUUCUAGUAUGACCAAUAACAUUUUACUUUGUGAAGUAUUUUUUCUUUUUUUUAAUGAAUGAUUUAGAAAAUCAACACAAUGCUAACAGUAUUAUUAAUUGUAGUUGCAGAGUGAAACAUGUACAUGUAUAUCAAAUGCCAAUUACAGUAUCCAAUAUGGGACACAUUUUCUGAGAUUUGCAAAAGUUGGAGUGCACUAUUUUCAAAUUAUUUUUUGUGGGGAAUUGACACUUUUGUAUCAGUGGCACUUAACUAAAUAAUCAUGUGUGUAUUAAUCAUGUGUGUACAACGAUGUUGGAUGAAAUGAUUAUAAAAAUCAAAAGUUAGAAUCAAAGCCCCUCUAUGUGUUAUAGAAGUACCCAGCAAAAAAUAUGAACUUUGAUAAAAUUGGAAUGAGUAUUAUUUGCAUAAUCAAAUGUGUCAUUUGACUGCAGGAAUAAGAAAAAAUUGUUGGCACCUAUGUGAAAAUCCAAUUUUUUCAGUGUUAUUUCAUUGUUGUAGUGAUUUUACAUGUAUGAGUGAAUUUUGAAAUACUAGAAUAAUUGGUGCUAUAGAUAUUGUACAGAACAUAGAAUUGUAAGAACAUUUAAAGCUGUUCAAGAGGAAUACAGUUGGACCUGUGUAAGCGAAUUACUCUUGAGACCACAAAAAGUUGCUCCACUCAGAGAGUGUUCCAUUUACAGAGGUUCUUUAACAUGGGGUCAAUGGGUCAUGACACUUUUACUGAAAUUCCCUCCAUCCAUGUGUGUUCUUAUGUGUGUUCUUUAUGUAUUUAACCACAUAGCAAAACACCAUGCGCAUACUUUGGUGUGGUCUCUAUAAGGCACACGUCAUAUAUCAAUGUGUUGCAAAAAUAAUCUUGUAAGGGGAGGGGCACAAACAUGGAGAUUGAAGGUAAUAAUGUUAUUUCCAAAGCAUUGAUAUUUUGACCCAAGCCUUCAUAAUGUAUGUAUGUAUUUUAUAAGCUGCCUAUAUUUGCUGCUCAUGACUAUAAUAUAAAACAUAUACAUGUACUUUAUACCAGUGGAUAAAUAAACAAAUAAUGUAUAAAAUAUA